AUGGGCUACGCUGAGGCCGGAGAGCAUGCAGAGGCUCUGAGAAUUUUCAAAGAAAUGGUAGAGAAUGAUCAAUUAGUGAUGAACGAGCAUGUCUAUUCUUGUGCUCUGCGUGCCUGUGCCAGAACUCUUUUCCUAUUCGACCGUCGGCGGAUCCAGGCCCAAGUUAUCAAAUCAAAAAUGGCAUCCAAUGCGUUUGAGGGCACCAGUUUGGUUGACGUGUAUGAAAAAUCUGGUGAUAAGCAGAGCGCGAAGAAAGCAUUUUUGGAGAUUUCUGAGCCCAGUGCGGUGUCAUGGAAUGUUUUGAUCGCUGGGGGUUUGAGUGGAGAAGAAGUUCUGCGGUUAUUUGGUCGGAUGAGGUUGCCGGGCAUAAGCCCAGACCACAUGACCUUUGCAUGUGUUCUUCGAGCUUGUAAAGAUAUUCUUACCAUGCGCAUGGUUCAGCGGCUGCGUGGUCUAACUGUGAAGAUGAUGGAGGUAGAAUUAGAUGUUUUGGAUGCGAAAGUCUUUUUGAAGUGUACAUGGAUCUUGGUUGCUUUAAUGAAGCUCCAUGAGGCUGUGGGUUUGUUUCUUGAGGCUUUGGAAAUGGAAAUAGAGUUGAGUGAGGUGACCAUGACUUCACUUUUGAUGACAGAAGGACUGGAUCAGUGGAAGCAGUUUCACGCUUUAGUUAUUAAGUUUGGAUAUUGUGAUAAUAUUGUUAGUGUAUCCAUGAUUGGCUCUUUGAUUAGAAUGUACUCUGAGCACCACUGUUUGGAUGAUGCACUUCGUCUUUUUGAGCAGAUUGAUCACCCGGACCUGGUUUUGUGGACUUCAGCAUUCUCAGGUUUUUCUCGGAGUGGCAAGAGCCAAGAUGGUAUAAACCUAUACUUGGAAGAAGCAAGUAGGCUGUUUAAUGAGAUGCCAGAGCGAGAUUUGGCCUCUUGGAAUGCCAUGAUUAGUAGCCUAGCUCAGCAUGGUUUUGCUGACCAAGCCAUUGGAACAUUCCAAGAAUUGUUGAAACAGACUGACAUAAAGCCCAACAAUAUAACCUCUGUAGGUGUUCUCUCCACAUGCAGUCGCCAUGGAAUGGUGGAGAAGGGAUAUCAAUGUUUCAAGUCCAUUCAAGAACCAGCUGUUGAUCAUUAUUCUUGUGUGGUUGAUAUGUUUGGCAGGACAGGAAGGCUGAAAGAAGCAAUGGAUGUCUUUCAAAGCCAAUGA